GUAAACGGAGAUUAAAAGUUGUGAACGCUAAGUGUUGCUAAGUGACUCAAACUAGACACGAAGGAGCUAUUCUCCUUCUGAAAGAUGUGAUUUUAUUAUUUUUUUCAUUUCUUUUUCGGAUUGUAUAAAUAACUUUUAAUUUUUAUUUAUUUAUUGAGAAUGCCACUGAAGUACACAAGUCAGGUGAGUUUGUUAUGUUUCUGAUAGCAAGAAUACAUGCUAGUGGCUAGCGCUCGACUCAAGCUAACGUUAGUUGGGAUGCCAGCACGGCAGUGUACAGACAAGACUCCCUGCUUUAUCCAUUAGUGGUAGCUAGGCGGCUAUUAUUUCGGGUGUAACGUCAGAGCUAGAAAUAGAGGGUUCCCGGUUGAUUGUACAGUAGGUGAGGUGGCCUAACAUCAAUAACAGCACAUUUACAUUUGUAGCUAACGUUAAAAGUUGUAAAAACAUUGUAACAAAUGUUUAUCAACUCUACACUGUAACUUAACAAGCUAGUAGCUAAGUUAGAUAUUUAACUCUAUGUUACUAAUACUUGAUAAAUUCUUUUCAAUAUCUCUUAAUUUAUUUACACACAUAACAAACAUGAGAUAUGACAGAAAUAAGUUAAAUAACAUUGCCAGAAAAGUAGCUAGUCAAACAAACAAACGACACAACAUCUAGUGUUUUAUAGAGCCAACCUGGGACUUAGGGAUCGGUCAGGACCACCCACAUGGGGGCUAACACCAUCCUAGUGGCCUGUAGCAUACUCUAGGUAGAGUGUCACCGGUGACAACGGACAGACAGGCACCAGAACCUCUGGGAUGAUACGGAAGAGCUGCAGUGGUACUGGAGGAGGUGGAGGAGGAGAAGGGAAUAAUACAAAACACCAACAGAACAAACAGCAUCGCUCCAGCUUCACCACCCAGGGCCCGUCUCGCCUCUCCAACAUGGGCCGGAGCUCCAGGACCACCAACCCUCUGGGGAGUAUAGGGCUUGGCUCCAACAGUUUGGAUCUGGGGUCCACCGUGGUAGGAGCGCCUGGGGUAGAUCCGGACUAUGUGAUGCAGUUGGUGAAUGACGUACGGAGGUUUUCCGAUACGCUGCUCAGCCUUAAAGAAGCCUUCCAUUCUGAAGAAAGCCAAGAGGGACUCCCUCAGCGGGUACAGGAGCGGUUGGUCUCUCUUCCAGAAAGCCACGAGGGACUCACUCAGCGGGUACAGGAGCGGUUGAGGGAGCUGCUCCGUGUUCUCAAGUCUGUCAUCGGCAAACACCAGACCCUCAACUCUGUAGACAUCCUCAGGGCUGCCGGCACCGUCAUCGAUAAGGUCAAAGGCAUUAACUUCAAGGAAGUGAACCAAGAAAACAAAAAGGCUAUAUUUGGCGAGAUAUACACGUCCAUUGACAGUUUGGCAUUCACAUUUGGCAAUGUAGUGUCUGACUUCCUUAUGGGAGAUGUGGACAGCCAAUCAGGGUUGGGGAUCCCCCAGACCAGGAGAAGCAGGUCUUUUGAGAACCUCUCUGUGGAUUCUGGGGGGUAUGUUUCAGAGAAGAAAGGCCUUGUGGGCCCAAAGGUGGCGCUGUCUAAAGAGGAGGAGGUUGACGUGAUCCUGCAGAAGAACAACAGUGGGGUGGAGUCAGUUUUGCUCUAUGCCAAGGCCUGGUCCAAGUACACCAAGGAUCUGCUGGCUUGGGUCGACAAACGCCUGGGACUGGACAUUGAAUGUGCCAAAAGUUAUGCCAAAAUGGCCGAAUCUGCAAAGACGCUUGCGAGUCAACAGGACUACAUGCCGUUCAGAGAUAUCUAUAUUUCUACGUUUAAGAAUGACAUUGAGUACAGCCAACUCCUCCUGCAGACUGCCACUGCCCUGCAGACCAACAAAUUCAUACAGCCGCUGUUGUCCAGAAAGACUGAGCUGGACAAACUGAGGAAAGACAUCAAGGAGCAGUGGCAGAGAGAACAGAAGAAAAUGCAAGAGUCCGAGGUGGCUCUGCGUAAGGCCCGGUGGACCCAGGCCCAGAGGAGAGACGAGUACCACAAGGCCCAAUCCUCAGCCAGCCGCUCCCAGGAGGAACAGUCCAAACAGCUGGACAAGAAGAGGAAACUGGAAGAGGAGGCUCUACAGAAGGCUGAGGAUGCCCGGGACCAGUACAGAGUGUGUGUAACUGAUGCAGGUGCCAGGAGGGCAGAGCUGGCCAGCACCAAGACAGACAUCCUCACUCAGAUCAGAGAACUGGUGACCCAGUGUGACCUCACACUCAAAGCUGUGACAGUCAACUGGUUCCAGCUGCAGCAGGUCCAGACCGUGUCUCUCCCCGUCCACUACCAGGCCCUGUGUGGGAACGCUAAGAUGUACGAGCCAGGACAGAGAUACGCUGAGUUUGUCCGUAAUUUACCCAAAGAUCAGAUACACAUGGAGUCCUCCUCCAUUGAUGAACGGUUUCCUGUGUUCAACAAGCAUUCAACGGGCAGCACCAGUUCCCAUAGUAACCUGUCCCAGGUGUCCCUCAUCUCCGGUGACGUCCUGAGUGGGGACGAGGUGGAUAGUCCUCUGGGGUCACGACCUGGGAAGAGGUCCAACAGCGCCACGGACAUACAAGGUCUGAGAGGGGGACAGGGCCCGUUGAGAGCCUGGGCAUCAGGUAUCCAGGACAGGGGGAUGUGUAGUGACUCAGAGAGUGCUGGAGGCAGCAGUGAGUCCCAAUCCAUGGACUCCCCCACAGCUAGCCCAGGUGACUUUAAACGCAGACUACCCAGAACCCCCUCCACUGGCACUAUGUCCUCGGCAGACGACCUCGAUGAGAGACAACCACCUUCACCCUCAGACAAUGGUCUGGGUGAGAUGGUGACAGAGACACCCAGUUCCCCAGGUCCAUUUCGUAACGCCCAGAUGUCCAAGGCGUCUCAGACACACAAGCUGAGGAAACUCAGAGCUCCAUCUAAGUGCAGGGAGUGUGACAGUCUGGUGGUGUUCCACGGAGCAGAAUGUGAAGAGUGUUCCCUGGCGUGUCAUAAGAAGUGUCUGGAGACUCUGGCCAUCCAGUGUGGUCAUAAGAAGCUGCAGGGAAGAUUACAUCUGUUUGGGAUAGACUUUGCCCAGGCAGCUAAGAACAGCCCAGACGGGAUCCCCUUCAUCAUCAGGAAGUGUACCUCUGAGAUAGAGAACAGAGCACUCAAGCUCAAGGGAAUCUACCGUGUGAACGGGGCUAAGUCUCGUGUGGAGAAGCUGUGUCAGGCGUUUGAGAACGGCAAAGACCUGGUUGAGCUCUCUGACCUCUCACCCCACGACAUCGCCAACGUGCUCAAACUCUACCUGAGACAGUUACCAGAGCCGCUGAUCCUGUACCGUUACUAUAACAACUUCAUUGGAUUGGCCAAGGAGAGCCAGAGGGUAAUCAUAGAGGAGAAGGCUGCAGCCAGGGCCCUCCAGACCCAGGACCAGGAGCGGCCAGGGGGAGAACAACCCCGACCAGGAGGAACCCAGCCUUGGGUAGAAGGAGAGCUGCUUCCCCUGACAACCAGCCAACCUGGAGGAGGAGAGCUGCCCAAACAGCCCAGUAUCAAACUCAACAGAGUCAUCUUUAAGAUUAGAGACCUGUUAAGACAGCUUCCUCCUGCACACUACAGGACCCUCCGCUUUCUCACGGCACACCUACAUAGGGUGACGGAGCAGGCAGAGGAGAACAAGAUGACAGCCAGUAAUCUGGGCAUUAUCUUUGGCCCUACGCUGGUCAAACCCCGACAGACUGACGCAGAGGUCUCCCUGUCUUCUCUGGUUGACUACCCCUACCAGGCUCUGAUGGUGGAGCUGCUGGUACGUCACUUCCAAGUGAUCUUUGACUUGUCCAGCCCCUCCUCCUCCUCCUCCUCCUCCUACCCCACCACCACCUCCACGGUAGGCCAGACCUCCUCCUCCCACAUCACCACCUCCACGGUGGACCAGACCUCCCCCCCCACCACCACCUCCACGGUUUGCCAGACCUCCCCCCGACUCACCCCUCAGGAGAAGGAGCAGAGACUCAGCCGCCACUCCACCUCCCUGCUCGACAUCAAGGAGAGUGCCAAAGUCUACAAGAGGCACUCGUCAGUCAUCCAGUCCUCUCAAACCCUGGAUGACGUGAGAGAGGUGAAGACAGACGGGACAGGACCAGACGGGACAGGACCAGACGGAACAGGACCAGACGGGACAGGACCAGACGGGACAGGACCAGACGGGACAGGACCAGACAGGAGAGAGUUAACAGCCGGCUCCUCGUCCUCUGCUCCUGGCGCUGCCUCGGUCCAAAGAUCUACCCUGGUGUUUGGCCGUCCCAGCCUCAACCUCUCAUCCUUUACCACCUCCUCCUCUACGGCCCCGAAGGUCCAGCUCUGGCCCCAGCGCGCUAGAAUCCUGUCUCGACCAAUCAGCAUGCCCCUGGAGCGCUUGCCCCUCCCCACCCCCUCACAGGUGGUCGACAGAAACAGCCGUAACGACAACGCUGCCAUCAUGUUGGAUUCCACCACUAACACCAUCGUGGAGUCAGCCGAGCCGGAGAAGCAGAAGGAGACGGAGAAGCCUCGGAUUGGUGGGGGGUCAAGGCUCAGUACCUAUUACAUCGACACCCAGCAGGCCGUGCAGCGGAGGCCCUGGGACAGGAAGUACAAACACUACGACGUCACGCCACGCACCGCCAUGAUCAUGGCUAACUUACCGCCGGCCGGUACUAGCCCUGGCCCAAAACCGGGGAAACAGCCGAUGAUGCCGACACAACCGGCCGUAUCUGGGCCAACCAGCUCUGCUCUCCCAUCCAGUAGUAGUUUCAGCACUAUAUUCCCCAACAACCCAUACACAGUAUCGUUGAAGGCUGGCCAGACGUCCAGAAGAGACAGAGAGGAGACCAAGGAUAGGCCUAACUCUGCUACUGAAGGGGGUGGGGAGACAAGAACAUCUACCAACUCCCCCAUGAAGUUCAGACAGCCAAGGAUUCUACAGCCUCCACCCGGAACCUUCUACAAGCCUUCUGGUUAUUCAGGCGCCAGAGGCUGGCCACCAUUAAGUACCUCUGGGACCACUAGCCUCACCAAAAUGUCCCCAACUUCUCCUACUGUUAAAACCUCUUCCCCGACUUCUACUGUUAAAUCCUCUUCCCCGACUUCUCCUGCUGUUAAAACCUCUUCCUCGACCUAUCCUACUGUUAAAACCUCUUCCUUGACUUCUCCUGCUGUUAAAACCUCUUCCUCGACUUCUCCUGCUGUUAAAACCUCUUCCCCGACUUCUUCUACUGUUAAAACCUCUUCCUCGACUUCUUCUACUGUUAAAACCUCUUCCUCGACUUCUCCUGCUGUUAAAACCUCUUCCUCGACUUCUCCUGCUGUUAAAACCUUUUCCCCGACUUCUCCUACUGUUAAAACCUCUUCCCCGACUUCUUCUACUGUUAAAACCUCUUCCUCGACUUCUACUGUUAAAACCUCUUCCUCGACUUCUCCUACUGUUAAAACCUCUUCCCCGACUUCUCCUACUGUUAAAACCUCUUCCUCGACUUCUCCUGCUGUUAAAACCUCUUCCUCGACUUCUCCUGCUGUUAAAACCUCUUCCUCGACUUCUCCUGCUGUUAAAACCUCUUCCUCGACUUCUCCUGCUGUUAAAACCUCUUCCUCGACUUCUCCUACUGUUAAAACCUCUUCCCCGACUUCUCCUACUGUUAAAACCUCUUCCUCGACUUCUCCUGCUGUUAAAACCUCUUCCUCGACUUCUCCUACUGUUAAAACCUCUUCCUCGACUUCUCCUACUGUUAAAACCUCUUCCUCGACUUCUCCUGCUGUUAAAACCUCUUCCUCGACUUCUCCUGCUGUUAAAACCUCUUCCCCGACUUCUUCUACUGUUAAAACCUCUUCCCCGACUUCUUCUACUGUUAAAACCUUCCACACCUCCACUACUGUUACUGCUCCUCUCCUCCUCUCUUCCUCCCAUUCCUCCAGCAUUACUUUCUCCUCUUCUCCUAUGGUUACCACCACCACCCCAUCCCCUACUACCACCUACAUCCUUCAAACCUCAAACCUCUCCACACACACCCUACAGGACUCCGUGGACAGCUCUGUUAGUGUUGACCCUGAGGUCACGACCUCCGUUGACCUUUCCCCGCGCCAGUCCCCUCCCCCCAGCAGCCCAGAGGACACUAGCCCGACCGAGGUCAUCCCGCUGCAACAAAGACUGAGACGCCGGCCCAGACCCAGCGCUUGCCUGCAGGAGCUAGAACACAGAGAGGCCCACUUUGUCUAAACCGUAAAGGUAGACUUUUCAGUAGUCUGAUAUCAUCACACACAGACAGGGCCACUUCCAGCUUACAGAAAAACAACAACAUUGGCCAAGACUAGGGAGGGCAUCAGGGAGCAUAGGGAGGGCAUCACUAUGCAUCACUAAACAUAGGGAGGGCAUCACUUGGGAUGAACCAAUGGUGGAAGUAUUGGGAGAAUGUUGUUGUUGAUUUCUGUAAGCAGGAAGGAACAUCAACAGCAAGACUGCUACGAUUAUUUCUUCCUUAUGUGGGCAUAGCUCAAGGGAUAGAGCAAAUUGCGAAGAACCAAUAAUGGAAGUGUUGGGAGAUUUUUGGGAGAAUGUUGCUGUUGAUGUCUGUAAGCAGGAAGUUGUCCCCACUGUGUAUGAUGGUGUCAUAUUGCUGUCUACCUUUGAAGGCAGAAAUAUUUUGUGUGUGUGUACAGUGUGUGUGUACAGUGUGUGUACAGUGUGUGUGUGUGUGUGUGUGUGUGUGUGUGUGUGUGUGUGUGUGUGUGUGUGUGUACAGUGUGUGUGUGUACAGUGUGUGUGUGUACAGUGUGUGUGUGUACAGUGUGUGUCUGUAAAUACGUUCUACGGUGUAUCUCUGUACCAUAUUGUAUAUUGGAAAAAGUACUAUUAUAUUGACGCCAAGACAAGAUGUGUGAAAGGAACACCGUGAAAAUGUAACAUUACACGUGUUUAAUAUAUUCUAUGUUACAGUCCUUACAAACAGAAGCAUGAUCUGUGAACGGUCGCUCCCUAGACAUUUGGAACAAGCAUUUAGGCUGGUAUUCAAACUUGCAGAUACAGGAUUUCCAGAUAGCAAUGGACAAACUUUUAUAUCAAAGGUUAAUUUUCACGUGUAACUGUCCAUUUCUGUAUAAGUGUCAUCUCCCUCCAUUUAUUUGCUCCUAUGCAAAUAAAAUGCACUUCUCAAAGCGCUAUCCAGAAACCCACUAUCUGCAAUUAAUUGAAUCCUGUGUAAGUUAGUGUGUGAUGUCCUGGUCAACACUGCCCAUUACAUCUGGUGUCCUGGUCAACACUGCCCAUUACAUCUGGUGUCCUGGUCAACACUGCUCAUUACAUCUGGUGUCCUGGUCAACACUGCUCAUUACAUCUGGUGUCCUGGUCAACACUGCCCAUUACAUCUGGUGUCCUGGUCAACACUGCUCAUUACAUCUGGUGUCCUGGUCAACACUGCUCAUUACAUCUGGUGUCCUGGUCAACACUGCUCAUUACAUCUGGUGUCCUGGUCAACACUGCUCAUUACAUCUGGUGUACUGGUCAACACUGCUCAUUACAUCUGGUGUCCUGGUCAACACUGCCUGUUACAUCUGAUGUCCUGGUCAACACUGCUCCUUACAUCUGGUGUACUGGUCAACACUGCUCAUUACAUCUGGUGUCCUGGUCAACACUGCCUGUUACAUCUGAUGUCCUGGUCAACACUGAACUGUUACAUCUGGUGUCCUGGUCAACACUGCUCAUUACAUCUGGUGUCCUGGUCAACACUGCUCAUUACAUCUGGUGUCCUGGUCAACACUGCUCAUUACAUCUGGUGUCCUGGUCAACACUGCUCAUUACAUCUGGUGUCCUGGUCAACACUGCUCAUUACAUCUGGUGUCCUGGUCAACACUGCUCAUUACAUUUGAUGUCCUCAAUGUCAUCAAUAGAUUCUACCUGCCAUCAAUAUAAUCCACCUGCCAUCAAUAUAUUAUACCUGCCAUUACUGUCAUGUCAUCAAUAGAUUCUAACUGUCAUCAAUAGAUUCUACCUGCCAUUACUGCCAUGUCAUCAAUAGAUUCUACCUGUCAUCAAUAGAUUCUACCUGCCAUUACUGCCAUGUCAUCAAUAGAUUCUACCUGUCAUCAAUAGAUUAUACCUGCCAUCAAUAGAUUCUACCUGCCAUUACUGCCAUGUCAUCAAUAGAUUCUACCUGUCAUCAAUAGAUUCUACCUGCCAUCAAUAGAUUCUACCUGCCAUUACUGCCAUGUCAUCAAUAGAUUCUACCUGCCAUUACUGCCAUGUCAUCAAUAGAUUCUACCUGCCAUCAAUAGAUUCUACCUGCCAUUACUGCCAUGUCAUCAAUAGAUUCUACCUGCCAUUACUGCCAUGUCAUCAAUAGAUUCUACCUGCCAUUACUGCCAUGUCAUCAAUAGAUUCUACCUGCCAUUACUGCCAUGUCAUCAAUAGAUUCUACCUGCCAUUACUGCCAUGUCAUCAAUAGAUUCUACCUGCCAUUACUGCUAUGUCAUCAAUAGAUUCUACCUGCCAUUACUGCCAUGUCAUCAAUAGAUUCUACCUGCCAUUACUGCCAUGUCAUCAAUAGAUUCUACCUGCCAUUACUGCCAUGUCAUCAAUAGAUUCUACCUGCCAUUACUGCUAUGUCAUCAAUAGAUUCUACCUGCCAUUACUGCCAUGUCUUCAAUAGAUUCUACCUGCCAUUACUGCCAUGUCUUCAAUAGAUUCUACCUGUCAUUACUGCCAUGUCAUCAAUAGAUUCUACCUGCCAUUACUGCUAUGUCAUCAAUAGAUCCUACCUGCCAUUACUGCCAUGUCAUCAAUAGAUUCCACCUGCCAUUACUGCCAUGUCAUCAAUAGAUUAUAUCUGCCAUUACUGCCAUGUCAUCACAAACUGGAACAUUUUUGGGAGUUCCAAAAUUGAACUGGAAUGAAGUUACACUUGUGAAAUAUGUCAUAGCAUCAAGUCCUUGUAGUAAUGUUACAGAGAAGUAUUUUAUUUGUUUUGUUGGGAGUUAAAUACAUGUAUUCUAUGUUACUUUUUACUUGUACAUUUAUACAGUACAUGAAAUGUUCUUAUUUGUUCCUGUAUUGUAUGUAAUGUGAUUUGAUUCUAGCCACGUUAAGCACUUACUUAAUUCAGGUCCAAUGUUUUUACAUGUUUUCCAAAUGUUUAAAAAUGUAUGUCAUCGCGAUACAUUCCACAGAGAAGGGAUGGAAGCAUUUUAUGAAGUGAGAAAAAAAAUACAUUUCAACAUUUACAAAAAAAUUAAAUUAAAACAUCCAUAGUCCUAUUCAGAUUAUCAUAAUCUAUAUCGUAUGUAUCUAUUUCCGUUUUAUAUAUGUGACAUUGAAACUGCAAGUUUUUGUUUCAGUAAAUUGUAACUACAAAAAAGACAAAAUGCAAAAAAUGUCUUGCAUCAAAUUAAAGUAUAGUUGACAGUU